ACCUCGGCUACCCUAUACAUGCUCAUGACGGCUACCAUGGACGUCGACGAGCUGAUUGCGAGGCCGCUGGAUGUCAUCGCGCGGCUUAGGGGAGAGCUGAAAGCGAGCGGCAACAACAGCACCGACACUAGUGACGGGGAGAGCGCUCUGCUGGGUGCAACCAUCUCUGAUGCUCUGUGCUCGGGUUCUUCCCCUGCCCUGGAUAGGGUCCCCAUACUCUCUCGAGAGUCCCUAGCCAAGGGCAAGCUGGCGGCAAACUCUCUGGUACGGUACCGCGGCAUGGUCCAGGACCAGUACGAGCCGGAGUAUUUCGUGGGGUCCUUCGAGGAACUCGAGACCGCCACCGGCAAGCGCAACAGGGUGGACGUCAAGUACGUCGACAGCAUAGCCCAAAGACCUGGCUUCGUGAACGAGUACGACGGGCCUGGCGCUAAGACGAUGGAUCGGUUGCCUCUGUUCUGCGUACCCAUUCCGGGCCAGUCGCAGUGGGCAAUUCCACCGAACCAGGGGGAACAGCAACAGGAGGACGCUGCUGCUGCUGCUGCUGCUGCUGCUGCUGCUGCUGCUGCUGCUGCUACCGCCGCCGGAGGCUUGCCGAAGCGCCGGCGAAAAGAAGACGCGGGUGGGGGAGGAGACGCCAUGGACUGCACGGCGGAUGAAAUCGGUGAUGCCGAAGCCGCAUCCGGCGACAAAAACGGUGCCCCCAAGCCGAAAACAUUGCGCGCGGCCGCCGGCCCAACCAGCGAAGGCGCGAGAACACCACACGCCGACGGACACAGCAGCAGCGUGGCAGCAUCAAACGACCAGCGUCCAAACUCCACCUUCCAUCACGAGCAGGAGAUCGAGCUUGCUGGGCUCGCGUGCGUGGUCAAGAUGUAUGAUUUCCGGGAGGGGCAGAUCAAGCUCAACGACAUGACCGAGUUUGUCGGGGUGCUGGGGUACGACCAGGCGGUGACCCCGCCCCAGGAGGACGAAGACGUGCCAAUGGGAGAGGGAGGGGCAGGGGGGGCGACGGGGAAUCCGUUUCAGGGCCUCGAGGACUUCUCGAGAAAGGUUCCUCCGCCCAGUCUUGCGCCACGGCUCCACUGUGUGUUCCAUCGUCAACUGCCGGCGUGCACACCCCUGAUGGUGGACCCGAAACAGCCUCAGGAUGCCCUCCGCGCCCUCCAAGGGCCGCUGCCCUUCAGCGUCUUCAUGCGCAACGCUAAGCAAGAGACUAUCAAGCACCUGGCCAAGGCUCUGCGCGGCGACGUCCUUGCGGCGGAGUACGUGCUUCUGGCGCUGCUCUCGCGGGCGUACGUGCGGACGGAGUCUUUGGCCCCAGGCAGCUUGAGCCUGAACCUGCGGGGUGUACGGCCGGACGACGCCCCCGGCUUUCAUGCCGCCGUGUCGAACCUGGUGCCCAAGUGCGUGACGGUGCCGGUAACGACUAAGUCUCUGUCGGAAAAGUUCAAGUUCUCCCCCAAGAAGGACUACGAAGCGGACCGGCUGAUGAUGUCCAGCCUGCAGCUGUCGGACGGAACGGUGGUCGUACUAGACGAGACAAGCCUGGAGCCAGGGCAAGUGGGCACGGAAGGCGUCACAAAUCUCGCCGCACUGAACUCCCUCAUGUCGCUCCAGAAGGUUCCCUACGACUUCGGGUUCUACAAGAUGGACUUCGAAGUGGACCACCCGACGAUAUCGCUGUCCGCCCGGGGGUCCGUGGUUCCCGCCGGCGCGGUUGUGCCCAUUGUCGUCGAUGCAUGCGGCGGAACCUCUUACGGCUCGGAGGACGAAGCACUGUUGGCGAGGUUGCGCGUGUACCUGGAGGCGACGCGUCGGACGGAGCUGUCGCUGGAUGAAAAGUCGUCGGCCCUGGCGGAGGAGGAUUUCGUUAAGGCCCGGCAGCAGGGGCAAGCGAUCACGGGGGAAGACUUCCACCGGAUGCUCACGAUAGCCCGGCUGACGGCGCUCUCCCUCGGAGACGAGGCGAUGACGGCAAGUCACUGGAGCCACAUGAAGGACCUGGAGGCGAGAGUGGCGGCUCGGGUGCAACAACUCGCCAACGGGGCGACAACCAGCGGUCGCCGUGCCGCAGCAGGCGGCGGCGUUCCGGCUGCUGCUGCUGCGACUGCUGCCGGGGCGACGCCGAGCUCACCAAGUGGUCAAGCAGGCCCCCUACACGCGAUUCCUGAGAACGAGUGAUGGUGUUUUUUCAAACUCGUGCGUGUAAACGCGCUCUUGUUCUUCGGUCCGACAUGUACGUUGAUGGAGAGAGGUGGCCGUACGUGCCGAACGCCGCGCGAAGGGGCUAGGGGACUAUUAAUAUAGGGACCGUGUACAUUCACCGCGAGUGGCAUGCCCAUCAGGCGUGUUAUAUGUUGGUUCACAGCCACGUCGCGGGGCACGAGAAGUCACGCCUUAGACCUGCGUGCGUGUGCUUUUUCUUUUUACCUGGUACCGACGACGACAACAAUUUCACAGCCAUGAGGUCGUUGUGAUGUUGCGGAGGAAACUUGGAGCAAAAAAGUCUCCUGGAUUGUAGCUCUCACGCCCUUCAACGUCCCCCGCCUUGGGGACAAAGGGCGAUGUGAGACAAGAGGCGACCUAUCAGCAGGAAUCAAACAAGACGUGGGAAACCUCCCUAGAAAUUGAUGUCUCAGGUGAUGGGU